CGUUAACGUCGUCAUCUCUAAGCUCACACAAGUGUGGCUGACAAGCAUCAAGCCACACGUUUACAGGAGAAAUUAAUGCUGUUGGUACAAUCGCCCUUUUCCUAUUUAAACACAUACGAUGUCUUCACUCCUCAAGGUGGACAAUGAAAUCAAAACCAAGGUUGAUGCUUUCAGGGAACGUAUCACUGCAGAAGCAGAGGAUCUAGUCGCAAAUUUUUUCCCAAAGAAGUUACUGGAACUUGAUCAGUUUCUGAAGGACCCAGUCAUAAACAUCGUUGAGCUGAAGGAGAUUCACUCAGAGAUAAAGCUGACUGUGCCGGACCCCAUCUUGUUGUCAAACCUGCAUGACGGACUAGAUGCGCAAAAUGCCAAAAAAAGGAAACUGGAGGAUGGAGGUGGGGAGGACACGGUGACUGGCACCAAGGUCUUCGUCAUGCCUGGCGGGAUGAUGAAGAGCAACGGAAUCCUUGUAGAUCUGAUUGAAAAGGUCAAGCCAGAGAUUAGGACACUCAUAGAGAAAUGUAACACGGUCAAAAUGUGGGUUCAGCUGCUCAUCCCAAGGAUAGAGGAUGGCAACAACUUCGGUGUGUCGAUCCAGGAGGAGACGGUCGCUGAACUCAGAACAGUUGAAGGGGAGGCAGCAUCUUACCUCGACCAGAUAUCAAGAUACUACAUCACAAGAGCAAAGUUGGUUUCUAAAAUAGCAAAAUAUCCACAUGUGGAGGACUAUCGGCGCACAGUGACUGAGAUCGACGAGAAGGAAUACAUCAGUCUUAAGAUCAUAGUUUCGGAGCUCAGAAAUCAAUACGUAACGUUACAUGACAUGAUCCUGAAGAAUAUUGAGAAGAUCAAAAGGCCUCGAAGCAGUAAUGCUGAUGCACUGUACUGAUGAUCAUAUAGCCGUCAGUUCACCCUGCCCCACAUCUGCCACAGCCCGUUCCCCCCCAUCCACCUCAUGCCUGUUGAGCUACAGUAGCCUGUCCCUGUUCCACAGGAUUACAACUAGACAUUCACCAACUUCAACACAAUCAAUUUACCCCUGUAUAAAAACAUUGCUUCAUUAGAUAGACACAGAUAUCACACAUUUCUCAUCUUUUUUUUUUUGUUUUGUUUUGUUUUAAUAGUAAAAUAUUUUUCUUGUUUUAAACCAUUUGAAGAUAAAGAUAUCCUCUAUGGGGAAAGGGAUUAUAAACAACAAUGUAUUUUUUAAUUUUAAUUAAACGUUUUGUCCUCGGAACUUUGUGACAUUGCUUCAUUUAUGGCUCUUAAGAAAUUAUUUUAAUGUUCGUUCGAUGCCCACUGUUUCAGUGAAUGUUAACUGUUACUUUUUUGGAUGAUUUUCUCUGAACACUGUCUGUACGUUGCAUAGUAUAGGCAUUACAAAUAUGAUGAUUAAGCUGCUCAUAGAUCCACAGAUUUACCGGUUUUCACUGAGGUCACCGAAGCAUCACCUAUGUUGAGGCAUUGACUUUGUUGAAUAAAACAUUUUUUGAUAAAUA